GGGUCGAGGUAGUCUCAGGUGGCGCUAGUUGCACUAGAAACCUAGAUCAAUACACUAGCGGCGCGGGGGAGUCAAGCUCCCGCGGCAUUUGCUCGCUGAACGCGUUCGGGAAGGCUGCAUCUCACGCGAGUAUCCCGCGCGCGGUAUAUCAGUUCACGUUUCUCCCUGAUCAUCAAGCAUGGGCUUCAAGAUCGUCAGCGAUGUUUUGCUUACCAAGGAGCAGCUACUGAAAGCUGUCCGCGAGGCCGAGAUCGAUCUGAUGAAGGACCCUGAACUGGUGAACCUGCGCUCGGCCUACCAAGCCGCGCCUGACGAAGACGACCAGGGCAACCAGUACUACGUGCGGCUGAUUGAGGAGGAUCCCUUCGAGUACCUGGUGUUCACCGUCGACGAGGUGAUGAAUAUCCUCAAGGUCAAGAUGCAGUACGACGGGACCCGUGCCGCGCUCUGCAACAUUCUGCGCCACGCAAAGGUGCCCUUCGCUGAUGAUGAGGACGACAGCGAUGACGACGAUGAUGAUGAUGAUGAUGAUGAUGAUGACUAAUUACGUCAUUGUCGAAAUCAAUAAUGUUGAUGUGCUUGUGUUUUUCGAAAUUAAUUUUACUUUUAAUCUUCGACAUUAUUUUUAAUUUUCGAAAUUAUUCUUACUUUUAUUUUGAGGCAAUCUAAAGUACUUUUGGUAAACCUCUGAAAUUUGUUUGGCCAAAGGCCACCUAUGAAGACUGAUGGCAUCCGCGCUUUGCGUCUGUUUAUAACUAAUUUACUUUUGCUAUCGCGAAAAUUUAUACGUCCCUGGAAUUUCGCAUGGCGAAUAUUGUGCUAUUGCAACUUAUGAUAUUUGAUUUGUACUUAUUUACUAAAGUUAAAACAAAAGUCUCAAACACGAAAUUCAAUUCGGUACAUUGAAAGUCCAUAGAAUUUUUCUGGAACCAGUCUUUUCCCUAGUCCUCUACGGCGACGCGGUAUAUCGUUCAAGUCUUCGCUCUUCCAGUAAAUUCAAAAUUCAGGAUUCAUUGGUAGCGACCUCAACCUUAUUCGUGUACACUUGAUGCUGCUUUUGGAGGACAUGCAAUUCAUUUCACAUUCUAAUAUAAUAAUUUGAGGAAUCGGCAAUAUGUAUUAACCCUAAAAUUUAACCCUUUCUCUUCCUUACGUUCCCUUUUAAAUUAGGCAAUACUUCUCCUUUCCUGCAUUAUUCUUUUCUCAAGUCGUUCCUCACUUUAAAUUGAUUCCGUUUUUGUCUCGACUUCAUUCCAUUUAGGUAACUGUAGUCGCUUUAAUGUAGUCAGUAGUGUGUCUUAAUGUAAGUAUUUAUGAUAUGUUUAGUCAUUUUACUCAAUAAAAAUAAUCUUAAUGAAA